GGGGGGGGGGAGAGCAAGAAUGGUCCCCAACUUCUAUGCAUUCUGCCCGGGCCCGGGGAGCAAGACAAAGAGAGGGAGAGAGAGGAGAGCAAGAGAAAGAGAGAGAGAGAGAGCAAGAGAGAAAAGAGCAAUAUUCGUCCGUUCAAGCGCGGUGCGCUCUUCCCCCUCCUCAGGCCUCAGCCUCAUCAUGCGGUGCGCACGAAUCCGUAACUCUGAAGGGAAACCCGAUCGUGAGCCAGGUGCGUCAGGUCAGGCUCCCAGUCAGCGCCCCCGCCUCCUCCAACGUAAUCAACAAUCCAUCGCCCACACACACCUUUCAAAAGCCAAAUAUCCUUCACUGUCCUUUGAGCGGAUCAGGAGGGGGAAAGAAAAAGCCACAAAGGAACGAGGGAGCUGGCUGGCUGGGGUCAGGGUCAGGUACCUCGUGAUGCGUGCGCUUGCGCGCGCAAGCUCGAACCUCCGCACACGUCCGCCCUGGUCACAUCCUACGCAAACGGGCCACCUCGUCUCGUCUAGGUCCGCGCGUCCAAUCACACAGCCCACGCAGCAAGCAGCACGCGCUCGACGGGGGAGGGAGAGGGGGGGGCCUUAAAAGGUUCGCUCGCUUUCGCCAUUUCCCCACUUCACACACUCGCACUGUCUCUCAAGCGCAUCCCCACAAGACUCUCCCCCAUCAUGCUGUGCUUGCUGCCUUUUUCUCAAGCUUCAUAUCCCUCCAGUAUUUCUUUUCGCGCGCCAUCGAAUGCUUAUGCUACGUGAACGCUCGCAUCGAGGGUCUAGUCAUCGUUUGGGAGGAGGGGGCAAAGAAAAGGGACCAACGGGCUGCAUCGGCGAGGGAGGCAGGGCGGCGAUGAAGCGCGAUCGAGGCUUUUUUGUCGGAUAUCGUGUGCCGAAGUCAGACCGAUUCGGCACGUCUAGUCAAGCUUAUAUCAGCCCAGUAUUUCUCCGGAUCUUGCAAUGGGCGCCAGAAAUCCUCCGCUAGCGCCAUCGCACCACCGCGCGAUAAGCCCAGCACCUCCUCGUCCUGCUCCUCUGCCGCGCAUGUUCC